AUGGAGAGCUUCUUUCUCCUACCUUUGCUGUUUAUACCAUUUUCUUCUGCAUUUCCUACAGACCAAAAGGUGGAAAAUGAGGAGAGCAUGAAAUUCGCUCAGGCAUAUCUGAACCAGUUCUAUUCUCUGGAACUACAAGGGAGUCACCUUGCUCAAAGUGAGAACACUCUCACAGAUGGCAGAAUUCAAGAAAUGCAAGCAUUCUUUGGACUGCCAGUGACCGGAGAACUGGACUCAAGCACCCUUGAGGUCAUGAAGACCCCCAGAUGUGGGGUGCCUGAUGUGGGUCAGUUUGGCUACACUCUCCCAGGGUGGAGCAAAUACAAUCUCACCUACAGAAUAGUCAACUAUACUCCGGAUAUGGCACGAGCGGACGUGGAUGAGGCCAUCCAAAAAGGGUUGGAGGUGUGGAGCAAAGUCACUCCGCUAACGUUUACCAGGAUUUCCAAGGGGAUCGCAGACAUCAUGAUUGCCUUCCGGACACGAGUUCAUGGCUGGUGUCCUCGAUUCUUUGAUGGCCCCUUGGGAGUCCUCGGUCAUGCCUUUCCCCCUGGCCUGGGUCUCGGUGGAGACACUCACUUUGAUGAGGAUGAAAAUUGGACCAAGGAUACAACGGGAUUCAACUUAUUUCUUGUGGCUGCUCAUGAAUUUGGUCACUCGUUAGGACUCUCACACUCCAAUGAUCAAACAUCGCUGAUGUUCCCAAAUUAUGUCUCUCUGGACCCUAGCAAAUACCCACUCUCUCAAGAUGAUAUCAAUGGAAUCCAGUCUAUCUAUGGUCUACCUAAGUCACCUGCCAAGCCAAGGAGACCUCAAGUACCCCAGGUCUGUGACCCUAACAUGGUCUUUGAUGCUGUCACGACUUUUCGCAGAGAGUUCAUGUUCUUUAAAGGCAGACAUCUCUGGAGGAUGUACCGUGAUAUCACCGAUGUUGAAUUUGAAUUAAUCUCUUCACUCUGGCCAUCACUGCCAAAUGACAUUCAAGCUGCAUAUGAGAACCCCAAAGAUAGCAUCCUGGUUUUUAAAGAUGCUGCUUUCUGGAUGAUCAGAGGCUAUGCUGUUUUGCCAGAUUAUCCCAGAUCCAUUCGUACACUCGGCUUCCCAAAAUAUGUGAAAAAAGUGGAUGCAGCUCUCUGUGAUCAUGACACUAAAAAAACCUACUUCUUCGUAGGCAUUUGGUGCUGGAGGUAUGAUGAAGUGACCCAAACAAUGGACAAAGGAUACCCACAGAGAGUGAUCAAACACUUUCCAGGGAUUGGUCUCCGAGUUGAUGCUGCUUUUUUCCAUAAAGGAUUCUUUUAUUUCUUCUAUCGAUCAAAACAAUUUGAAUAUGAUCCUAAAGCAAAGAAUGUUACCCGAGUAAUGAAAACCAAUUCAUGGUUUCAGUGUAAAGAACCAUUUUAUAUCAAGGAACACAUACGUUCAGGAGGUAUACAGGUGUCUUACUAUAAGAAAUUCAACUUGCUUGUUUUUAGUAUUGUAUAUGUGCUAAAAGAAAUCUACAGUAAUCAAUAA